AUGGAUGUUCACUUCUCUUUAGUCAUAGCCGUCAUCUGUGUCCUUGCUCUUUAUGUGCUUCACCGGGUGGCAGAAGAGCAAAAAAAUGAGGAAUAUAGUGCUAUCGCGGACCUUCAUGGCUGCCGUCCGCCUCCAAGGCUUCAAAAUCAGAGACCUCUAGGUCUCGACCGCCUUGAGCAGAUCUUCCAAGCCAAUGCUGAAUCUAGACUUAUGGAGCUUUUCCUUUUCCACUUUCGUCAAACAGGAAAUACCCUUGAACAGGUAUUCUUAGGGUCAAAAGCGUUCGGGACUAUCGACCCGGCAAACCUGGAAGCUAUACUAAGCUCGCAAUUCAGUGAUUUCAGCAUGGGGUUGAGGAGAGAAAUAACGUUUCCCAUGUUCGGAGAUGGUAUUUUCACUCAAGAAGGUGCUGCGUGGAAGCAUUCGCGAGACUUGCUCCGGCCACGGUUCGUCCACAAGCAGUAUGAGAACUUGGACAUUUUCCGAGACGCUAUCGAUGACCUCCUCAAUGCCAUCUCAAGUUGUGGUGGUGUCGUCGACCUCCAGCCGCUCUUCUUUCGCCUCACCCUCGACACCACGACCGCUUAUCUUUUUGGCGAAUCUGUCAGAAGCCUCCGAACCCCUGAAUCAGCCGGGGAGAAGUCGUUUGCCGUUGCAUUCAAUCCUGCUCAGGCAUAUGUCGCCAAACGCUUUCGACUGCUCGACUUGUACUGGAUGAUUGGCGGCAAGCCAUUCCGUGAAGCCUGCAGAAAUGUGCACAAGUUUGCAGACCAGAUCAUCGACCGAAAUUUAUUGCAUAAAGGAAAAAGUGUGGGAGGCGAUGAAAGGGGGCUUGGUUUUCUCGAUACAGUGGCAAAGGAAAUACCAGACCGACGUGCGCUUCGAGGUCAGAUUAUAAACCUGUUAGUUGCAGGCCGUGAUACGACAGCUUGUCUUCUGUCAUGGACAUUCUUUAGUUUGGUCAGACACCCCAAAGUGCUCGACAAACUACGAUCAGAAAUCAGUGAUGCCUGCGAGUGCGAGGCAGAAUUGAACCGGAAUAGUCUUCGGAGUAUGACCUAUCUUCAGAACGUCAUCAAAGAAACUCUUCGACUGUAUCCAUCAGUGCCUGUGAAUUCCAGAACAGCCACGAGGACGACCAUUCUGCCUACGGGAGGCGGACCGGACCGGAAAUCUCCCGUGCUGAUCCCCAAAGGUGCUUCUGUUGCGUAUAGCGUCUAUGCUAUGCAUCGAAGACCCGACCUCUACGGGAUGGACGCCGACCUCUUCCGGCCCGAACGAUGGGAUGAAGACAUGCCCUUGAACCAGGAUCCCACCAAUGCCAAAUGGGGCUACCUUCCCUUCAAUGGUGGGCCACGGAUAUGUCUGGGCAGUAUGAUCUUUCCACCACCCAAAUAUUUGAGUGAGGAACAACAUGCUGACUGA